AUGGUUUUGGUGCAUAUCGUGAUAACUGUGUGGGCUUGUGUGUGUUUCUUUCAUUUUAUUCUUAUAUCAGGACUAACCCAAAAUGUUGAUUCAAAUAAACAUAGAAAAGAAAAAGAAGAGGAAUUGGAAGAAAUUCAGCAGAAAACACCAUUGAUUGACGUACCCAUAACAGGUCGAACUCACCAUCGCGAACUUAUAGCGGAACUAACAGGGUCUUUUGUAGUUAUUGGCACAAAGAAAAAAUUUGAAUCUGGCAACGAGCAAUAUUUGCCUAUAGAGAGAGUUAUAACGCAUCCUAAUAUGAAAGGAUGGAGUUGUGACCUAGCCCUAGUACAUACGUUUGCGAGCCUGACUGCGGAUAAAAUUGGAGCUGUUAUGCCAUUGGCUGGUGAAAAAACAUCGACUUCUAUAGAGCCGAAUGUCACGAUUUUAAGUUGGGGACGUAUUGUUGAGGCGGUAGAGGAUGAAACUACAACAGAAGACCCCUGUUGUGUUGGUGAUAAGUUCUGUUAUUCCGAAGAGCAAGCUAACUGUCUUCAAAAAAAGCAGAAAGAAGAAAUCAAAGAAGAGCAAAAAGAAAAUACAGACGAUCACAGUCACGUGCUUACAAACGAUGGUGAAGCUAGCCAUGUUGAGGGUGCGGCAAUGGACAUGAAAGCGUCAACUGUUCUGUAUCGAGGGAAAGACUAUAAAAAAUAUGACGAAAGAAAUCGGUUCGUUUUGCGUAAAGGAGCGAACGCAGCAUAUACAACUGAACGUGGAAGCCGAUAUUUGUCAUCUGCUGAAAUUUUGAAGACAAUCGCUCAAGUCUCUGAAACUCAAGUGCGAGCUGAAGAUGAUGAAGAUGAUACCUUGGAAAAUAAGAAACGUAUGAACUGGACACCUAAAGCUACUAACUGGCGCAGACAACUAGGAGCUAAGGCAGGAAACAGACUGACAAUUGAAACUUUCGGCUUUCUAAAUGCGGCCACUUGUAAAAAAAUGCUUUUGAAAGCUCAGCCUGAUAUGACGAUUCAAGGCAAUGAGAUUGUGUGUUACUCUAGUGACGACCACUAUGUGAAUGAAGGAGACUCAGGUGCUCCAGUGGUUCGUCUUGGUCAACUAAUUGCUAUAACAGUAGGCGGAAUCAAAUCUGAGGGUAAUCACGUAGCUGUCGGUAUGAAGCUCAGUUACUUCUGUCCGUGGAUAAACGAGAAUCUCCCGGCUGGUGAUUCUAGUUUAAAUUGCUGGGCUCAAACUCAAACCACUCCCAGCAACGAUACCAUUGCCGACGAAAAACCCGAAACCUACAAAAGAAUUCGAAUACAUUAA